GUAUAUUUACAUGAACAAAGUAAAAGCACCUGGCCAACUUUAAUCUGAAAAUCCCAGGCAGAGUGUUUCAGUAACCUAUGGCAACUGCUUCUGUGUCAACAGAAAUCUUGGACAGGCCAGCUCCUGCAGCCUGGGACUGUGCACCACCAUUGGCUGGUUGAAUGAAUGACUUGAAAACUUGUCUAUCUAUUAUGCAUGUCAGUUUACCUUUAGUGUGUUCUUGAGCUCAUUUCCAGGUAAGCACAGCAGAGAGGAAGCGUGUCUGCAUCGAGGCUCUGAGUAUCUACAGAAAAGGUCUCGUCAUCUUGUUAGGCUUGGAUAACCAGAGACAGACUGAGGGGAGGCAAACAUGGAGCUGAUUGGAUCCACGCUGACAGCCACAUAUGCUCGGCCAAAAACCAGCCACUUCCUCCCUGCCAUCUCCACCAUGGCAUCCAGCUAUCGCAACACCCAGCCUGCCUUUGCCAUGAAUCCCAGUGCCAACCUGUGGAGGACCAACAGUUAUUACAAGAGCAGCAGCACUGUCCCAACCCCCUCCUCCAUACAGAGAGAAAAUUUAGAUCUGGUUCGAGCCAAGACUAUGUUCUACCCCUCCAACAGGACGGCGCUGACCACCCGCUACACUCCUGACGACUGGUACAAGUCCAACCAAAACAACUACAGGGAGUCCGAGUCAUCACGGAAAGGUGCGGAAAGACUGAGAAGAGACACCCUCAGGCUGAUACAGGAUAAAGACCAGCUGACCAGGCGAACCCAGGAAAAUACCAGCAAGAAUAUUGGCGAGCGUCUCAAUGACAUUGUCUUCUGGAAGACUGAGCUGAGCCAUGAGAUUGACAACAUGGUGACAGAGAUAGGAGCCCUCACUGAGGUCAAGAGGAGGCUGGAGAGAGCCUUGGCAGAGACUGAGGGGCCCCUUCAGGUGUCUCGAGAGUGUUUGUACCACAGAGAGAAGCGGAUGUCCAUUGAUUUGGUACAUGAUGAUGUAGAGAAAGGCCUCAUUAAGGAGGUGGAAGUCAUCAAGUCAUGUCAGGAGAGGAUGAGGCGACAUGUGGACAGAGCCAUCGCUCAGCUGGUGUCAAAUCGAGCUGCUCAGCACGAACUGGAAAGAGACAUAAGUGACAAAGUGACGGCUCAGAGGAUAGACGACAGGUGUCACCACCUGAGGAACACAUCAGACGGCAUCGGCUACUACAGAGGGAUUGAAAGGCUGGACCCCUCACUCUCUCUGCCAGACUCGUGGUCUAAAUUCACAGAUGACAACAUCCUGCGCUCUCAGAGCGAACGUGCUGCCUCCCACAAGCUCAGGGACGAGAUUGAAAUCCUGCUGAACACGACGUCGAACGAAAUGUGGAACCAGUUCAACAACGUCAACAUAGCCUUCACAAAUCGCAUAUCAGAAACCGCUGAUGCUAAGAACAGCCUGCAAACACACCUGGCUAAGACCCUGCAGGAGAUCUUCCAGACAGAGAUGCUCAUUGAAUCUCUUACAAAGGCCAUCAGAGACAAAGAGUGCCCGCUGAAAGUGGCCCAAACCCGGCUGGAAGAGAGAACCCGAAGGCCCAACGUGGAGCUCUGCAGGGACAACCCAUACCACAGACUUGUGAGUGAGGUGAGGGAGCUCGAGGACACCAUCCAAAAGCUUCAGGACAGACUGGUGGAGGCUGAGAACACCCUGCAGACUCUGGUCAAGACCAAAGUGACCCUGGAGCAUGACCUGUCUGUCAAGGCCAACUCACUCUUCCUGGAACAGGAGAAGUGCAUGAGCAUGCGCAAGAGCUUUCCCAGCAUGCCCCGUUUGGUGGGCUACACCUAAAUCAAGUAUUAAAAAAAGCGGGAGCUUGGAGUACGAAUACAACUGCGAGUGUUUUGAUGGUUUUGGAGUGAUUUAGAGGGUGGUGUGGGCAAUUUUAAUGGAAUCAAAUGGCUUAAUUUCACAAACACAGAUGUCAAAAUACAAUUAUGUACAACAGAUUAUCUGAAUGUUGAGUAUUGCAUCUAUAAUGUAUAAAAAUAAAAAUAAAAUAAUG